AUGGCAACUGAUUAUGACAAUGAAUCCAUGAUAUUCAAUGUAUUGAUAGCCUCACUCUCACAGGCGGGGAUGAUCUCCAGAGGAUCAACAACAACUGAUCAACCAGAUGCCUCAAAUAAUGUUUGGCGGUACCAUGACUUGUUUGUUCAUGUUGGUUACAACGUUGUUCUUCCCUUUAUACAACCAUGGGGGGCUCAUUUUGGGAUUCCAACAAUUUGCUUUGUGGUUGCUACUCUUCAGUUUUUCUUGAGAUCAUCUCCGUACAUUCGUGUCAAACCAUCUGGAAGUCGAACCACAAGCUUGUUUAGAGUUAUUGUGGCGACCUCUAUAAAGAUUCAGCUUUCGUGCCCAAAGGAUUCUAGGGAGCUGUACGAGAAGUACGACCUUGGAAACGAUCAGGAGCUGCUACCUCACACAAACUGUCUCAGAAGCAUUAUUGGAAGGGUGAAGCAAAAACACAUACCUGCAAAAGGAAUUGGAUUUGGAAUCAUGAUAUCCAUUUUCUGCUGUAUUGUCGUGGCGCUGGUGGAGCAAAGGAGGUUAAAUGUAGCCAAGGGACAUGGCCUAAUCAACGUCCCUCAUUGCACAAUCCCAAUGAGUAUUUUCUGGCUGAUUCCUCAGUUUCUCCUCUUAGGUGCUCCACAAGGGAUUGUCCUCAGUAACAAGACCUAUUUUUUGGUCAAUCAAGUACCUAAUUCAUUGCAAUCAUAUUUGAGAAAACUCACUGAAGCUUUCUUGGGAGUUGGAUACAUAACUAGUGUUCUAACUGUUAAUGUUGUGGGAAAGAUUAGUGAUGAAAGAGGGGGUGAAAACUGGUUCGGGGAGACACUAAACAAAAGCCGACUACAUAAGUACUCUUACACACUAGCAAAAAUGAGUUGUGCCAAUCUUUUUUUCUAUGCACUUGUUGCUUCUUGGUUUAAUUACAAGGAGGUACACAUUCCAACGGAAGAACAAGAAGUGGUAGAUGAAGAAAGGUUUCAAUACCAUGAAGAGUAA